UCCGAUGUCAGCUUGCCCUGAUAUGCAAAUUCAGUCGACAGUAUGUGAUAUUUUUCAUGACUUAAACAAUAAUCGACAAGAAGUGCUAUAAACAGUCAUGCCAGCUCAGCCGGCUGCCAGAGAACCAGAGGAGGAGAUGGAGACAGAGGCCGACCCUGAGGUUCCUCAAACUAACGGUGAGGUGGAGGAGGAGCGAGAGGGAGGAGAGGCAGAGGAGACAAUGGAGGAGAGUGGAGAGGAGCGGGACAGCGACCUGGAGGAGAGUGAGCCAGAGGAGGAAGAGGAAGAAGAGGAAGAAAGUUCAGAAAUGGAUGAUGAAGAUUGUGAGAGAAGACGAUUACAGUGCUUAGAUGAAAUGUCUGACCUGGAAAAACAAUUCCUGGAGUUAAAAGACAAGCUUUUUCAAGAACGUCUGAACCAGGUUAAAAUGAAGCUGGACGAGGUUAUGACAGGAAAGGCGGGAGAGUACAGAGAACCCUUGGCAACACUGCAGCAGAACCUACAGCAGAGGACACAAGUGGCAGGUGUGUAUAGAAAACUUUGUCUGCAAGUGGUCAGACACAAACAUGAAUGUGAAGUGCAGGGGGCAAGACAGCAUCUAGAGAGUGAGAGGACACUCUUGUUUGAUGCCAUGAAAACAGAGUUGUUGGAGAAGAUCCGCAGACUGGAGGAGGACAAACAGAGCAUAGAUAUCACCUCAGUGCCUUUCCCAAGCUCAAGGACGCUUCACAGUAACAGUAAGGAACAAACAAUCAUUUCACACAAUGUAUUGACAAUGACUUCUGAAACAAAUAAUCACAAUUGUCUUCCUUCCCAUCCUGCUUGCUCAACAUGUCUUUGUUUUUCAGGGCCAUACAUAGUGUAUAUGCUAAGAGACAUUGACAUACUAGAGGACUGGACAGCCAUCAAGAAGGCAAAAGCGGCACUGAUGCCCCUGAAGAAAAAAGCAGACAACAGGCAGGUGCCCGUGCGAUGUGAAGGUGGGGAUCUCUUCUAUGAUGGAGAGAGAUUCUCCAAAGGCAGCAGUGUCGUUCUAGAAGUCAAUGACGACAGCCCAGCACAGGCCGUAAUAACAGGGAUCAGCACAGGAGAGGUCUGGUUCAAGCGCACAGAUGGCACCAAAACCAAAAUAUACGUCUCCCAACUUCAGAAAGGCAAAUACACCAUACAAAAAGCUUAGAGUAGAUAAACAUUACACUCAGAGAGUGUGUGAAUCUACCCUUUAAUAAUUAACACUCAAAUUCAUCAACACAUUUAGAACAGCUUAUAAAAAUCCAAUCUAAUGCUAUGCACUGGUAUUGAUCAGACCAGAGGACUUUAUGUGCAGUGACUUAUAAUUUUGCCCUUUUUUCUAUACAUAUUUCAUGAUUAAUAUGAUAAUAAGAGGGAUCCAGAUCAACGCUGUUAGUGACAAGUAGGCAAUUUCUGGUGCAGCUAAAGUUUAAUUAAUUCAGACACAACAUGGACAUACAAAACCUGUUGACCAAAUGCUAACAGACCUUAUGAAGUCUUUCUGUACCAUAAUACUUUGAGUUCUUCACACUGAAUAUAUUCAUAAUACUUCAUACUGACCUUAUAUCAAGUCUG